AUGGGAAAUAAUGAUCUAUUAAAAAUUCAAAAUUCACAUUCCUAUGAUCUAAUGUAUUGGAAAGAUUUUUUUUCCAAAAAUAUAAAAGAAAAUGAUAUAAAUUCAUAUGUUAAAAUAAAAGAUAAUAAUAUAAUAGAAUUAAAAAAUGUAAAAAUUAAUAAUAAGUAUAUAUUUAAUGGGCUAAUAAAACUGGAUAAUUAUAGUUGCCCUUGUUUUUAUGAAAAAUUUCAAAUUUGCAACAAUAGUGAAAUAUUUAUAGGAUAUUUUAAAUGUAGACAUAUAAAAGGAUAUGGUGAAAUUAUUUCAAACGAUUAUACAUAUAAAGGGUAUAUAUCUAAUUUUAAUAAAUCUCAAAGAGGAUCAUAUUUAUUCUUUUUAUUAAAUGAUAAUAAUGAUAAAAAUAGAAAAAUAAUAAAAUGUGAUGGUUAUAAAAAUAUGUCUUUGAUAUAUAGUGGGAUGUGGAAAAAUGACAAAAGAUAUGGGCGUGGAACGUUAAAAUUGAGUUUCACUAAAAAAAAUAAUAUAGAUUAUGCCUUAAAAGAAGAUGGAAAUAAAAUAAUAUACACUGGAUGGUGGAAAAAUGAUAAAAGAUAUUUUUAUGGAAUCCAAAAUUAUAUUAAUAAUAAUUGUAUAUAUCUUGGUUUUUGGAAAAAAAAUAAAAAAUGGAAAUAUGGAAAAAUUAUUUGGUAUUAUAAUCGAAAAAAAAAUAUAACUUGUGAAAAUCAAAAAAAAAAAAAAAAAAAAAUACAAAAUGUGUAUAUAGGUGAAUGGAAAAAUGAUAGUCUUAAUGGGCUUGGAACUUAUUUUUGGUUUAAAAAAAAACAUAACAAUAAUAAGAAGAAGAACAAUAAUGAUAAGAAGAAGAACAAUAAUGAUAAGAAGAACAAUAUAAUAACACAUAAAAAUGCAAAUUAUGAUAAGUAUAUAGGAUAUUGGAAAAAAGGGAAAAAAAACGGAUAUGGGAUAUUUUAUUAUAAUUGUGGCAAUAAAUAUAUAGGUAUGUGGAAAAAUAAUAAAAAGGAAGGAUUAGGAUAUAUGAUAAAUAUUAAUGGAAGUGUCUAUAAAUGUAAUUUUAAAAAUAACGUAAUUAUUUCGGAGGUACAAAUAAAUCCAGAAUACCAAAUAAAUAAUGUAUAUACUAAUUCGAUUUGCAAAUUAAUUAAUUUUUUUUUUUUUGAAACCUAUUUUAAUAUAUCAAAUAAGCAAAUACAGUUACUUUACAAAAUUAUUUACACCAACUUUGAUUUUUUAGUAGACAUUUAUGAGAGGCAUAAAAAAAUACAAAUAAACAAAAUAAGCAAAAUAAGCAAAAUAAAUGAAAACAAAAUAACAAAAGCCCAAACUAAUGCCAACAUUACUUUAGGUCAAGAUAAAAACAAUUUUACCUUAAUAAAUUUAUGGGAAAUAUUUUAUAAAUGUAAUAUUUUUAAUUCAAAUUUCAACUUAUCAGCUUUAAAUAAAUUAGUAAUAGAUCAUACAACUAUUUGUGAAGAAAAUGAAUUAUUUAAUAUCUUAAAAGAAAAUAGACCCAAAAAUGAUAUAGAAUUAUUCCCAUUAGACGAAAAGAAAAUUAUUAAAUAUUUUUUUUAUAAAUCUUUCGAUAUUUUAAAUAUAUUACAUUUUUUCCCUAAAAAAUCUAAAAAUAAAUAUAUCUCUCUUUUAAGAGAGCAUAAGACAUAUGAAAAAGAAACAAACAAUCUUAAAAAUAAAAAACAGACUCACACAAUACAAAGUUGUCAUGAUCCCACAAACGACCACUUCAAUACAGAUGCUAGCACUAGCACUAAAGAUUUAUAUAUUGAUGGGAAAAAAGAUGAAAAUUGUCAACAUAAUUACAAUAGUUUAAAUGGUGUAUCAGAUUUAUUAAUAAGUUAUUCUACAAAUUGUAAAAUAUCAAAAAAAUUUUGUGGUCUUUUAAAAUAUGCUAUUUUUAAUAAAGAUUUAUACAUAUUAAAAGGUUGUAAAGAAUUAUAUAAAAUAAUCAAAUUUAAUAAAAAAAAAAUAAAAUUUAAACAAGUUUUAAAGAAAAUAUAUUUUUUUUUGAUCAAUAAUAAAAAACAGUAUAAUAAUAAUUACUUGUAUUAUGUUUUAUAUAGUUUGUUUGAAGCAUCUACACCUUUGAUUUGUUCAUUUUUAUCUAUGAUAAGUAAUAAAAAUAGAAAAAAAAAAAUUCGAUUAUUAGAAACACAUAACAGUAGUAUGACUUCUAUACACUGUGAUAAUAAAAGUAAUAACAAAGAAAUAAAAUCAAUCAGAACCCAAAAAUAUAUUAACAAUAUAAAAUUUAAUCAAAUAAAUAGAGAAAUAUCAGAAAUUUUCCAAAAUGAAGAUUCUACUGAAUAUUUAAAAAAUAUAAUUGAAUUUACAAAUGUACAUAAAUAUAAUAUACACGACGAAACACGAGAAAUAAGUUUUAAUUGUUUUUUGUCAACGCUUGUUCAUGUAUCUAUACGAUUAAAUAAAUUUAGAAAUAUCACUGAUCAAUUUACUGACAUUAUAGAGAUCUUGAAAAAAAAUUAUAUAAAAAAACAAAACCACAACUAUUACUUUGGUAGUAGGAAGUUUAUUAAGAAAAGAAAGGGCCACUCCCGUAAUGAUAACAAUAAUAACAAUAAUAACAAUAAUAAGAAUAAUGAAACGACAGAAAAAUUAUUGAAAAAUAAUAAUUACAUAUUCGAUUUAACAAACAAAAAGAAAGCCACAAUUUUAUCACUGGAAAAUAUAUCAAGUGAAUUGAUAAACAUACUAAAAAUUUAUGUAUAUUAUUUUAUUUUUUACUUUUUAAUAUUUGAGUCAAAAGAUAGUUUUUUUUCCAUUUUUAACAUAAAGUUAGAUUUGUCCAUAAAACUUAGAGAUGUAUUAUUAUUUUUAAUUCAACUUAAAUUAGUGAAAAAAUCAAAAAAAAAAAACACAUCAACGGGAUAUAUCAAUUUAGACAGUUAUUCCAAAAUAUCUAAAAAUAAUAAUAAUAAAAAAAUUAACAUAAAAAAUAAAAUAAGUAAAAUUCUGACUUGUUCAGGUAAAAAUUAUAAAAAUAUUCAAAAAAAAACAUUAACAGUACAGAAUAAUGAUAGAAAAAAUAACAAAGAAUUAUUUAGACAUGAACAAAAAAAAAAAAAAAAAAUUAAUUUGGAGAGUACCCGAAAAAAGGAUAAAAGUAAUAUAAAAAAAGAACGAAAAAAAAAAAGAACAAAUUGCAAAAAUAAGAGUGAACAAAAUAUAGAAAUUGAAAUAAAGGAUUAUCCUGAAAUAGGAUACAAUCAAAAAAAAAAUAAUACACUCGCUAAUAAUAAAGAUAAUAAAAAAAAUUUAUUUCAUAAAUGUGAUAAUAAAAAUGGCAUGAACGUACGAGCUAAGAAUAAGAAUUUGUCAAAUGAAAUAUUUUUAAAAAAAAAAUUAAAUAUAUUUUCUUUGUCAUAUUUUGAAAUUUUAUCAAUUUUUUCCAAAAUAUUGAACAUUAAAAACCUACAUUUAAUAAGUGAGUCAAAUUGUGAUUUAUAUUUUAAAAAAAUAAAACAUGCUGGAAAAAGGAAAUUGCAUAAAAUUAAUAAAACUAAUAUGUUAAAAAUGUGUGCAACCCGAUAUAUGAGAAUAAUACAAAGAAAAAGAAAACAUAUUAUACUAAGCUUAUCUAAUUCUAUCAAAAAACAAAACAACAACAAAAUAUGUAGAGAUAAAAUAAUUAGUGUGAAUGCUGAAAAAAAUGAAAAAUAUUCAACCCCUAUUUAUACAAAAAAAUAUGGAAUGAAAAUUGUUACAUUAUUAGACAAAAAAUUAAGUGAAUUAGAUAAACAUAUGGAUAGCGAUUUUUUAAUUAUACAAUCUGAAGAAUUUAAGAAAGGAAAGAGAAUAAAAGACAAAGAUAAAAAAAAAAAAAAAAAAAAUGAAAAAUAUGAAAAGAAAAAUAAAUCAAUUUAUGUAAAUGAUAAGGAAAAAUGUGAAUUGAAUAAGCCUGAUGAUGGAAUGGUACAAAAAACACUUAUCAAAAUUAAAAGACGACAUGAAAUAAAAAAAAAAAUAUAUUUAUUAAAAAAUAAUUAUACAAAUUAUUGUAAAAAUUAUAUGAGUGUAAUUGACUAUUAUAAUAUUUGUCUUACUCCAUAUGAGCUUGUUUUAUUUUUUUUGAAGUUUGUUAAAAAAGUUAAAAAAAAAAAAAAAAUUAUAUCCUCAUACAUCGAAGUAUUAUCUAUUUUUAUAUUCCGUGUUUUGUUGUAUAAUACAUUUAUUAUAGCAAAAAAAAAUAAUUAA